CACUUCCCACUUUACCGGAGUCCCCUACGAAAUCAACUAUUGCCGAGUUGAAUGGUCUAAAAAAUGUAUAGGCUAUAUAAAUUUCCAUCUACAAGACACUCCAACUUUAUAUGCAAAUAGAUGUAUAUACAUAAGGCAUGCAGCGAAAAUGAAAUGGACAGAUGAAUUAAAUUCUUUGAAUUAACGUUGUAGAUAAUAAACUCAUAAAUCAAACUGAUAUGAAACUAAAGGUAAAUGUCCCGAAAGACGCUAUAAUAUUAAAAUUAAAGAAAGCAUGAUUUAAUGUUGCUAUAGUGCUUGGUUUUACAGUUAUAUAAAGGAAUUACUGGCUUCAUACAGUAGGCGAGAGAGAAUGCAUGCAUGGGUAUCAAAUUACAAGAGCCUCAGGACUGCACCCUUUUCGCAAAUUCAAAAAGACUUCUUACCCGGUUAAUUAUAUAGAGAUGAUUGAAUUCAGCAUUAGGUGUUCCUUCACCGUUUUUCGCGUCAAGUGUUUCCGUGUUGAGCUCGCACAGACCUUUAUCUUUUCCAGAAGUUUUAUAACUUACAGACGCACACAUGCCAUGUCCAAGGCAAUAUGUACCGCACUCCACCUCACUUUUUGUUCUUUCAUAAGUCGAAAUAACAUAAUUUGCCAAGUGUUUUCCUUUGUGUUUUUGAAACAAGGCUGCUUCUGAGCAGUUGCCUUGCUUUAAUACUUUUAAAAUGAGGAUGACAAAUCCCAAGCUAAACAUGAUUCGCCUUACUAUAGACUGACAAAUAGACGUUUGAAUGCGUAAAUUCAUACGACAAUAGUUUUAAAUGUAACCUCGUAUAUGCAAAGUACAUGCAGGUAUGUUGUUAAUAAUUAAAUAUAGCAUUUGUAAAUUCUGAACGCUGAUUGGCUAAGAGCCGUGUUGAUGUAACUCAAUGUCAACACGGAAACGUUGAAAAAUUUCUUUCUUUAUAUUUCUUUCUGCUAUAUCAUAAAAUAAAUAUAAAAUUUUUUUUCCCUAUUGAUAUACAGUUAUAUCAACACUCGUGGAAAUUGGAAAAACGAGAAAUUGUGUGAAAACACUCCGCCCGUGUUUCCCGACACAAUUUCUCAUUUUCCCAAUUUCCACUCGUGUUGAUAUAACUGUAUAUCAACACGGACAAUUGUUAACUUAAUUAUAUUGAGCAAAUUAAAUAAUCGAGCACACGAAAUUGAAACUGGUGAAUAUAAAUUAAAAUUAAGGGAUAAAAGAAAUGCAGAAAAGUGAAUAAGUCGAAAAUAAUGUUGUUGUCAUGGUAUCUAGACAAGUGAAAAUUGUUUUUCAUAAAAGUAAUGAAAUAUAUUUUAUUUAGAUUUCACAAGGAGAAAGCUCCUGAAAAGUGUAGUCUAAAUCAUCCAAAUCAUACACUUUAAAAAGUAGGAAUUUUCAAAACAGUAAGUAUUAUUUUCAAGGUUUAUCAAUUAACAACGUUUAUCAAUUAGAAAAUUUCUUGCAUGUGGCAUUUAAUUAUUAAGGCAUCUAUUACUUAAUUACUUUGCUCAGCAGAACGUAUAAAAAUGGCACCAGAAAUUAAAACGCGAUCUUUAAAACAAAUUUUAUGUAAAAAGGUAUAAUCGAAAACACGUAAAGUCAGACUAAAGUUAAUGUUUGUCAUCUCAAAAAAGCACGCAAAAAACUGCCACCACAGAAUGAAAAUUCUCCCCAGGUAAAAGCAACAAAUAAUUUGCUAUAUGAGCCUCUUCGAAUUUCAUAAAGGAAUAUAUUAUACAAAUAAUGAAUGAUCAUGACAUGAGUGCAAUGGUAAAAAUAUUUUCAUGUGUGCAUGAAAGAUAGAAUUUUUCAUUCCACGAGGUGAUAACAAAGUGAAUGUUAGUGGCCCAUUUACACGAUACGACUAUAGUCGCAUAUACGAUUCUUAUCCUGGAUUUUGUAUUCGAAUAAAUGCGUGUAAAGAUGUCACAUUUCAGAUUUCGCCACAAAUAGAUGAACAAGAUUAGUGGCGUCACCAGUCAUUUUCAUACUCCAGAAUGACAAUCGUAUACGACCUGUCGUAUUGUGUAAAUGAGCCUCUAGGUUUAAGCCGUUUUAGUUUCUCUUUUGUACCAGGUGUAAAAUAUAUAGAGGAUAUUAGACGGUUGCGAAGAGAUGUGGAUUUUAUGUUCGAGUGGCAAAAACAAUACCUCACGAGUGAGCGCAGCGAACGAGUGUGAUAUUAUUUUUGACACGAUAACAUAAACCCAUUUAUUUUUUUGUAAAUCAGCAGCGGGCGGAAUCCUAGCGUUUUCUGCAAUCUGAUUGGCUGCAGCAGCGGGCGGAAUUUUACGAUAUUUGACCACGGUCCGGAAUCCUAUACGUAAUGGCCGAAGCAAAGCAAAAAUUUUUCGUAUGUUUGUUUUAAAACUGAAAAAUAUGAAUAUGUAAUUUUGAAAUAAUUUUAAUGAUGGAUAAAAUAGUUGUACUGUAUUUUAAUUGAAUUGUUUGUUUUCUAAAGUAAAAUAAUUAAAUAUCAAAAUUUUUUUAUUGUUUUGUUUUCUAUAUGCGCAAUCUAAUAAAACCGUUGCCAUUUGCCUCUUAGUCUUCGACAAAAAAAUAAAUACAUUAUUUACCGUUUAGGUCGGUCCGGAUAGAAAAAUAUUUUGUCUCGGUCUCAAAAACGUUUUUGAGACUUCGACAAAAUAUUUUUCUAUCCGGACCUCCCAGCCGGUAAAUAACAUAUUUAUCUUCUCGCAACCGUAUAUGCAACCUCGUACCCAGGAGAGACCCUGGGAACGAGGUUGCCGUAUAUGUUUUGUUUAUCCCCGAGAAUUUUGUUUAUCCAUUUGCACCCGGGGAAACGAAAGCAUUAGCGAAGAACAGAGGGGACUUUCAUCUACGCAUGCGCGAAAAACGUAAGCGUGGAGAGCACGUGAGCGCGGGUUAAUCGCGUGACCGAAUUCUAAAAACAAACGCCAAAUUUGCCAAAACUACUCGUGUUAUCAAGUCGUUUUCUUGUUUCUUUAGUGUUUCUAUACGCUCACAAUUUUAGGCAUUUCCAACUUAGUAGUGUUUGCUUGGAAUAAGAACGUGAAAGUAGAAAUAAAAUCUUUGUUGCAGCAGUUUAAUUUCGCCGUACAUAUAUAUAUAUAUAUAUAUAUAUAUAUAUAUAUAUAUAUAUAUAUAUAUAUAUAUAUAUAUAUAUAUAUAUAUAUAUAUAUAUAUAUACCUGUUUUAUAUGUAUAUCUCGAUCUUUCGAAGUAAGAUAUACAAGUGCAACUUGACAUUCUUUAAAUUCAUACUUGCCCUAUUUUUGACUCCAUAAAAACUACCUUUAUCCAUGGAGAAACUAUUUGACUUUAAAAAUAAGCUUGAAUUAUGGUGGUGUUCGAUAUAGGCUAAUUUCUUUCCAAACAGUGACUCAGUACUCGGUAGUGUACUUGUUGUAUAUGAACAAAAGUCUAAAAUGAGUUCAACAUCCAUCAACAAAAAGGAGUCGCGCUUAUUACUACUGUUUAGAAUAUAGACAAUUAAUUUAAUUCACUAGGAACCCGUUCUACAAUAUAAACUUGAAAUCGGCCAACAAAUACCGAUUUCACCGAACGGUCAAGUUUCUCUGCAAAGAUCGCCCCUCUGCUCAAUUUUUAUCGAGUAGAUCAUCGUGUUAUCAAGUCAAGGAUUAUGUAUACUUUAACAUAAAAGAGUAAAAAAAACGGUGAUAAAGGGUAGAUUUUGAAUAAAAUACGAAUAUCUGUAUACAAGAUCUGAGCGUUAUUAUGAAGCACUCGAUACUUUCUCGAACAACAUAUUGCACUAAAUUUUUUACAAAAUUAAAAAUAUUCACGCAUUAAAGAUAUGAAAAUGUAGCUUGCAUUACAAAGAAAUGUUGGCUUACCUAAGCUAUACCUUACACGUCGAUUAAAGCCAAGUAAAGCCCUUUCAAAGACGCGUGCCACAUUUUAAUGUAGUUUAAAAACUACAGGUCACAUGGCGGUAGAGAAUUCGACGAAGUAUUCACUAAUUCAGGAUAUUUAACAACAUUUACCACUUUGUUCGGCUGUUCCAAGUACAGUUUUAAGAUACAAGGUCCGAUCAUAUCAUGUUCUUCGAAGCAUCUGCUCAGAACAGUCCAACAUAAAUAUCGCCACUCAUCUUCUUCGUAUGAAAAUAUAAGUUUUCCUUUCAAUUGCUUUGCUUUAAAAACAACCAUUAGGCUGUUGACGAGUUAGCCUAGAGCUUCCAACAACAAAAAACCCAGAUGCUUUCAAAAACCAGUAAAUCACAAUGCUGUAAACUUCAACUUCCUUAGAAAUUGUACGCCAAAUUAAACAUCGAAAAGCAAAAUUUGCGGGAAGAAGCUCACGAGUCCGCACUAUUUUUAUGCAGCGUCGACGAAAGUUCCCUCUGUUUUAGCGAAGUCUAAAGUUCAUCAAUGAUCGCGGGCGUGGGUCACUGUGCGUGUUUCGGUGGUGGUCAUCUCAUUGAUCUCAAAAUAUGACUGUUUGCUAGAGGUGAAGAAUGUAAAAAAUAUAAAAAAAUACAUGUAAUAAAGCUUGCAAAAUCGUUUCACAUAACAAAUUGUAAAACUUUUUUUGCAAUUUUUAAACGUAAAUAUUUAUAAAAAUUAAUGAUAUAGUAUGAGAAAUCCUAAAAUAUAGUGCAAGUUUGUUUCAAUUGUUUAUGUAUGACUUUGUAUUAAUAUAGACUUUGUUCUUGAUGUUCAGUCAAGUGUUUCCCAUGCAUUGUUUGCGAAAGUUUCUUAGUUAAAUUAAAUUAACUUUUGUAGAAGUUCAUGAUGAAAAGGAAAGCAAAUUAUUUUCAUUAGCGUCCUUUACGAAUUAAAUUUAUUUCAUUUCAGAGUGCGAGUAAUAAGUUGAAGCUCGAGUUGAGGAGUUUAUAAAUAUCGGCAAAAAGCAGUUAAUUUCAAUUCACAUUUAAAAACGUUUUACGUAGAGUUUCGUUUUAACUGAUAAAGCCCAUAGAAACCAAAAUAAUAUACCUACUUUAUAUAUUUUAGAAAUUGAUAGUUCUGCAUUUAAAAGUGUUCAAAUUUCACCUAUUUUUUGCAGGUUUGUACAAAAAAUUAAAAAAACAGUUAUCGUGUUGUCAUGACUGACAUGACGUCAUGUGACGACGCGAGCCUGCGUUCAGUGUUGGCGUAAUUACAAAUACUUCAUGUUGAAACAAUGUUUGGAAAAUAUAGGCGAGGGGUUGUUGCAUCCAUGUAUUUCUAGUAAGGCACAUAAUUCUGGAUGUCGUUACCAGCCGAUAUGGUAAGACAAGCAUAAUAAGCUAAGGCACAUUAACUCCAGAAGUCAUUACCAGCCGAUAUGGUACGACAAGCAUAGUAAGGCACAUCAGUAAUUCUGGACGUCAUUACAAGCCGAUAUGAUAAGACAAGCAUAAUAAGGCACAUUAAAUUCUGGAUGUCGUUACCAGCCGAUAUAUAUGGUACGACAAGCAUAGUAAGGCACGUUAAUAUGGUAAGACGAGCAUAGUAAGGCACAUUAAUUCCGGCAGUCAUUACCGCCGAUAUGGUAAGACGAGCAUAGUAAAACACAUUAAUUCCGGAAGUCAUCACCAGCCAAUAUGGUAAGACGAGCAUAGUAAGGCACAUUAAUUCCGGAAGUCAUUACCAGCCGAUAUGCAUACUGAUAAGGCACAUUAAAUUCCGGAUGUCGUUACUAGCCGAUAUGGUAAGACAAGAAUAAUAAAGCACAUUGAUUCCAGAAGUCAUUACCAGCCGAUGUGGUAAGACAAACAUAGUAAGGCACAUUAAUUCUGGACGUCAUUACCAGCCGAUAUGGUAAGACAAGCAUAAUAAGGCAUAUUAAAUUCCGGAUGUCGUUACCAACCGAUAUGGUAAGACAAGCAUUUUAAGGCACAUUAAUUCCGGAAGUCAUUACCAGCCGAUACGGUAAGACAAGCAUAAUAAGGCGGCACAUUAAUUCCGGAAGUCAUUACCAGCCGAUAUGGUAAGACAAGGAUAGUAAGGCACGUUAAUUCCGGCAGUCAUUACCAGCCGACAUGGUAAGACGAGCAUAUAGUAAGGCACAUUAAUUCCGGAAGUCAUUACCAGCCAAUAUGGUAAAUAGGAAAGUUAUCUGAUACCGCUGUAACUAAGCGUUCUGACAAACCAGACCGCCCGGAAAACGGCCGCCUGCGGAGUUUCACCUAACUUACAUGACGACCGUUUGACGUUUUGAAAAACAGUAGCGGGAUCUGCAAACUGAGUUUGCAACUUCAGGAA